AUGCCUCAACCUUACAAUAAGAGCAAUGGAAAGAAAACCGCGACUAAAAAUUAUAGUACACCUUGUAAGUACUUCCAGCGAGGCCGCUGCACGAAUCCUCGGUGCCCUUACCUGCAUGUACGGGCCAGCACAGAUGCUGCAACCCCAGGUCUUAACCCGAAAGUGGAAACCACUAUUUCCUCCAACGUUGGUGUCGACAUCAUGAAAACAAUGUUAAGACUCUUCUUCGAAAAGCAGCAAAAUGCCAUUUACAACGUGGAGCAGGGAUUGUUAAAUCUGUCCCACCUGGGACAGCACGAGGACCUCCGAUCCGUUUCCUCAAGCAUUAACUUCAACACAAAGGCCUUCUGCAAGGCGUUGUGCCAUUGCGUCCACGAGAUCUGUCUCCCACCACCCUCAGCGCUGAGUUUGGAGGGAAAUAGCAUCACCACGCUGUCCCAUCUUGCGGCUGCCAUGCGUGACGUGGGGCUCGACGCCGCCCUACGUGUCCUCUCCCUCGCGCAGAAUGAGCUCGAGACAACGGAAGCACUGCGCGCGCUGAGACCCUUCACACACCUGGUGGAGCUUCGCCUUGCUGGAAAUCCUAUUGAAGAGCGGCCGGAAUAUCGCCAAGGAAUCAUCGCAGAGAUGCCUUCUCUGCUUGUGUUGGACGGCACGAGCACCGCGGACCCCCCCCUGAGCCUGCCGUGGCCGCAGUUGGAUGGUUCUGCCUUCCCUACCGCAGAGGAGGAACGGGGGGGCGAAAGGAGCGGGGAUAUCGUGAGCCCCUUGGAGGCGUCCUACGCUCUGGUUUCCUCAUCGUCUCUCGGAGUUGUCGAAAAGAGCGUUUUGAGGUUUCUGCACAUGAACGUGUUCGGCCCCCUUGAGUACGAUGCGUUUUCUUCAGGUCGUAGCCGAGGCAACAGCAGUGUAAAUGAGUUAGCAGAUGUUUACGCCCUUCAAGCUGCCCUCUCACUGAGUCUCUCCUGCCCGGAAGCGGCGGUGGCGACUCCUUUAAAAACUUCGAGCGGGCAGAAUCCGUCCACAGAUCGCACGGUCAUUCGCGAAAUCGUAGGGUUCCGCAUGCGACAGACGGAGUGCGACCACAACCUCACCCGUGGAAUACGUUCGCCUCGGGUGGCUGUUGGUCGUGUGCGCGUGUGCACACAACUCGAGCACUGGCUUUACCCACCAAGCUUUGCGGUGAAGCACUACGUUCACUCGAGCAUGAACGUAGUCAAUCUCGGCCUCGGUGAGAGCUACGAAGGGGUGGUGGUGGCGACAGUACACGGCGUCAUGGCGUGGUGCCACCGCACGACAGGGCCAAGGGGCAAGAACAACAGCGAAACCAACAGUGAUGCGCUUGUCAUACUGCGCAACUUCACACGUAGCUUCAUCAUCGCACCGCGGUCGCAGUUAAGCGCGGACGAUAUAGCCCGUGGAAACGUCCCAGCGGAGGGUGGAUGGGUUAUUCUAAAUGACAUGAUUACCUUGCUGCCCUUUGCGGCUGGUGAAAACAAUGGCACGCAUGAAUUGCCGUCCCGCACCACGGCCGUUCUCUUCGGCGAAAAGGUGUAUGCGUAUGGGGUCCUUUUCAGCCCCACAACUGACCCCCGUCGAAUCCACCGUCACAGCUGCCGCUACGACGUUCCAGUAUCAGUGGUUGGGGUGUUAUGUGCUUUUGUGCACAACGACUUGGAGCUGGUUGAGAUUCUCACAGAUCUUAGCGGCGUUCCCCUCAAUGUCUUUCAGCAACUCGCUGCACUGGUCGAACAGGACCCCAUUGCGGCGGUCUUCCUGUGUCGUUUAGAGAGACGUUACAGUGUUCAGCCCGAUGCCGGGGUUGAGAUACUCAAAAGGUGCGAAAUGAAUUGGGAAGUGAUUCGGAGCUCCAUGGAAUCAUCAACUCCAACGCUCGCGAGUGUCAACGGUCCCACAUGGGUGGUAUAA